CUGACCAGCGCUCCUUCGGGCGCAUCGCUCAUCCCGAAGCGCGGCGCCGUUUCCAUCGGGAGCUCGGUGAGGGGGACGAGAAAAGCGAAUCUUUGCGCCCACCCACCCACUCAACGACUACUCCUCCGAGGAAAAGGGGAGCAGCGAGAGCCAAAGCCACUCGGAAAGGCUGGGAAAGCGGCGACGAUGGGGGAUGGAGAGCCGGCGGGGCGACUGAGGCUUCCCACGCGUUUGCAGAGGCGGCGGCUUCCCUUGCUUUAUAUUUGAACGCCGCGCUUUGCGCCGUUCCGUGGUUUUUCUUUUUUUCCUUUCCUUUUUUUCCCUCCCCCCCCCCCCUUCCUCGCCAGGGAAGCCCGUGGAAGCAUGCCUCGGAUCCGGCGCUUGCUCGCCCUUCUCUUUCUCUUGGACUCGGCUUUUGGCAACUACUCCGAGGAUCAGUGCAGUUGGAGGGGAAGUGGUCUAUCCCAAGAAGCUGGCAGCGUUGAACAGAUCUCCUUGCACUGCGCUGAAGGAUCCCUGGAAUGGCUGUAUCCAGCCGGAGCGUUGCGCCUAAGCCUGUCUCCCCGCCUGCCCACAGGCCCCGCUGGCAAAGAGAAACCACAGCAUGUCACCGCUUGCAUCAAGUCCUCGAGCAGCUUCCGGGGAGCCCAGAUUUACUUGGAACGCGACGGGGUCUUGGAAUUGCUUCUCUCGGAGACGGAGGCGGCCUUGCAGCCCAAGGUGCGCUGCUUCCGGUGGUUGUCCGGAGAGAAAGUGGCCCUCUUCCUCCAGGCCACUCUUCACCAAGACAUCAGCCGCCGAAUUGCAGCUUUCCGUUACGAGUUGCGGGGCGAGUGGAACGCCCACUUCUCCUGGCCUUGGAGGAACCUCAGCGUGAAAGAUGCAGGGACUUGCCGUCCGUGUAACAAUACCGAAAUCCUGAUGGCCGUUUGCACAAGUGAUUUUGUUAUCCGUGGCAACAUCAAGUCCAUCUCCAACAACAGAGAAGCCCAAGAAUCCAUCAUCGGCGUGAGCGCCACACGGAUCCAUCGUCAGAAGUUUGCUCUGUUUCAACCGAUCGGCAAAUCUGGGAAAUCCACAGGCAACAUCCACACCCUCCUACGAUGUGGGGUGAAACCCGGUCCAGGCAGUUUUUUAUUCACCGGGUGGAUGCACUUUGCGGAGGCUUGGCUCACCUGCGCUCCCCGAUACAAAGACUUCAUCCGCAUCUACGAGGAGGCGCGACAGGCGCACGAGAACCCCUGCGAAGUCUCGUUGGAUUGACUUGAGACGAGAAGAGCUCAGGAAGAAGGGAAGCCUCGGGGGCUGUGACCCAGUCAGAAUCAGCCGUCCUCAUCUUGGCCCUGGGAGGAGAACCCUUGUCCCUUAGAGCCAAAGCAGGACAAGCUCUUUCCUUCCUCUGGGAGUCCAAAUGGUUCUACGAACCCAUAACUCUUUUUCCUGGUGGUCUGUGAAUGAGUUGUCUUGGCCAAGUCUUGUGAGGAACCUCAUGAGUCGUCUUGGCCAAGUCUUGUGAGGAACCUCA